AUGUCUAACUAUUAUUAUUCGAAGACUUCCUACGACGAGUAUACAAUGCAGUCCGGUGUCAGCCCGCGAGGAAUUGGAUUUCCUGUGUACUACUAUCCUACUGCCUAUCAAAAACAGCCAAACUAUCCGCUGAGUCCUCGCCAGGCGCAGGCAGUUCAGCGCCAAGCGCCGGCGCCUGUUUUCGGGCGUCCGCUAACGGAAGAAAAUCAGCAGCAUCCACCGAGACAACAGCAGCAUGCAUACCAGCAGCAGCAACAUCCAAACCAACAUCAACAACACAGACAACCUUCACCAACUCUACACAGUCCUGGUUCAGUUAGCCCCGGGAGCGUGCGAUUUGGGCAUCAAAAACGCUCCAAUAUCCCCAACAACUACCUGACGUUCAUCGCAGCUCCCGUUGGUAGCAAAUUAUAUGGGGACUUUCCUGAACUCACCGGCGAUCGCCCCAGAUCCGCCGCAUCGGUGGGUUAUUCUCCUGUACUGCAGCGAAAAGCAGAACAACACCAAAACUCUGCUUUUGGGACGUUUCCUAGAAGUUUUCAACCACCUAAGGUAAUCCUCGAGCAGUAUCCGGAUGAAAAUCGCUACGAGGAACAGCCGAACGCCACCAUGGAGACGACAGUCACCGGCCAAGGUCAGCCGAAACGUGUUGGACGUUGGACACUCGCUCAGCUAAGGCAGACCGAUGGUAUUAUUCCCAGCCAAGCCGGAUGGAACAAGGGAGAUUCACAAAAACUUAUGACCAAUUUCGGUACACCUCGAAACACAGCCACUCGUGUGAAGUCCGAGAAUUUGCAGGAAAUUCCCGAAGAGAUUGCAAACCGUACGCACGGUGAAGUGCGUCUACAGUCCGGCACGAACAAAUUCAGUUCACAACGUGGUAUGACCGGUUUCGGUACUGGACGUGACGUAUGUCGAGAGGGAAAGCACGUAAACACCAAUCCGGCUGAUUUGUCGGAGCUUCCCGAGGAGAAGAUCCGCCUCUCAGAUGGUAUAGUACGUCUGCAAGCCGGUACCAACAAGUAUGACUCACAAAAGGGUAUGACUCUCUUCGGGACAAACCGUCGUGAGACCACAAAGAUGCUCGACACGAAGCAUCCCGACUAUGAUCACGAACGGCCGGAUCAGUCGGAGAUCCCACUGCAAUCUGGUACUAAUAAGUUCGCGUCACAAAAGGGAAUGACUGGAUUCGGUACGUCACGUCGUGAAACCACAAAGAUGGUCGACAGCAACCAUCCCGAGUAUGACCAUGAAGCGUCCAUUGAUCAGACCACAAUCCCCAGUCAAAUGGGUUCGAACAAAUACGCCUCACAGAAGGGAAUGACUGGAUUCGGACAACCACGUUGGGAGGUUCUCGACCCUUCGAUUUCGUGGCAGAACCGCAAAUCUCAAGGCAUGGUACGUCUACAAUCUGGUACCAACAGAUUUGCUUCGCAGCAGGGUAUGACCGGUUUCGGAACGUGCAGAAACACCACGUAUGAGGCUGAAGGCGGUGAACUACCGUAUGAAGCGAUGAAGAUUUCCGAGACUAUCAUCCCCAGCCAGGCUGGUUGGAACAAGGGAGACUCUCAGAAGAGGAUGACGUCAUUCGGUGCUCCACGUGACGUUAAGGGAAAACAUCUGAAGAGAAUCUGGGAACUCGAAUAUCCCGAGGAGGCUGAGGUCUCCCUCGAUCGUCUGUAA